AUGACCGCCCCAACACCAAAAGAUCCAAAAGAGAUGCAGGCUCACCUUGCACAGCCCCAAUUCGAGGGUGACAAAUAUAUCGAAGGUUGGGCGGCCCUCUGGGAUAAGGGUGACAACCUUCCGUGGGAUAGAGGCUUCCCCAACCCAGCUCUGGACGACACCCUCGUGAAGCAGCGGGGGACUAUUGGUGGACCCUUGGCUACAGAUGCAAAGGGCGAGUCGUACAGACGCAAGGCUUUAGUUCCGGGCUGUGGGCGCGGGGUGGAUGUCCUCCUACUCGCCAGCUUUGGCUUUGAUGCGUAUGGCCUGGAGUAUAGCGCAGCAGCAAUUGAGGCGUGCAAGAAGGAAGAACAAGAGAAUGCCAAUUGGUAUAGGGUUCGUGAUCAGACGGUUGGGGCUGGCAAGGUGACUUGGCUUCAAGGUGAUUUCUUCGAUGACGCUUGGUUGCAGAAGGCCGGGGUGGCAUUAAAUGGGUUUGAUAUCGUUUAUGAUUAUACAUUCUUUUGUGCGCUUUCCCCAUCACUUCGUCCUAAAUGGGCACUCCGUCACACCCAGCUUCUGGCUCCCUCGCCAUCGGGCAACCUGAUCUGUCUGGAGUUCCCCCGCCACAAGGAUCCUCAGGCUGCCGGUCCCCCAUUUGCUUCCCCUUCGGAGGCAUAUAUGGCGCACCUGAGUCACCCAGGUGAGGAGGUGCCCUAUGAUGCCAAGGGUGCCGUCAAGUACAACCCCCUGCAGCCCAGCAGCGCAAGAGGCCUGGAAAGAGUAGCAUACUGGCAACCUGAGCGCACGCACGAGAUGGGCCAGGGUGAGAACGGAGUGAUCCACGAUCGAGUAUCAAUCUGGCGCCGCCGUAACUAG